AUGUCUCCGUUCAGAAUGAUCUCGUUGAGACGGACGAGCACAAAGCGGUUACAUAGACUGCCCUCAAAACCUGGCGAAAUCCUGCAUGAGGGCCAGUCCUGUCCGAAUAGCCCGGCGGUAAAAAAGGCGUAUAGGCUUGUCGUCGUCGGUUCCCCGCGAAGCGGCAAAACCGCGAUGAUCCGCGGCGAGGUGUAUCAACUCGACGUCAUCGAUUGUAGCGGAAAUGAUCCAUUUCCUGCUGCGAGAAAAUUAUGUUAUUUAUCGGGUGAUAUGUUUCUGGUGGUGGCCUCCGUGGAUCAGCCAUAUUCCAUCGAGGCCAUGACGGAUUUGGCGAACCAGAUUGUGGAUUGUAAGUCAAACAACUCCGAGUCGCGGGUGCCAAUAAUUUUCUGCUUGAACAAGACGGAUUUGCCGGAUAGCCGAUGGGAGGUGUCCCAGGGGGAAGCCGAAGCGAGAUUGGCCCAAACAGAGUUUUCCAUCGAACAAUUAUAUCAGUGUUCAGCGGCUACCGGAGAAAAUGUUGAUAAGGCCCUAGGAAAGCUCUUCCAAAUGGCCAAAUGCCCCAAACACAUGAACCCCGAGUUGCAUAAAAUGCUGAGGAAUGAGUUGUCGGCCGAUGGAGAAACAAGUACAUCUACCGGGUCGAAAAACGUGUUGCGGCGGAUGCGAUCAAAAUUUAGCAAGGACGGCGAUGACGAAUUGGCUGUCUAUACCGACGUCAACGCCAGACGCCCAUCUCUUCGCACAGAUCUUCUGAUGAAUCGUGCCAAGACCUCGGUCCACAAGCGUGAAUCUAACGGAUUCCGCGGCGAUCCGGCGGCCAGCGCAAAGUGUACGAUCAUG